AUGAAGAAGAAGCAGCAGCACGGCGGCGGCGGGGACUGCCCUGCGCCCCGGCCCCCCGCGGCAGUGGCGGCGGCAGGGGGCCCGAGCCAGGGCGGGGGCUGGAAGCGGCGGCGGCCCCUUUCGCUGCUGCCCUUCCUCUCUCUGCGCGACUACGGCUUCUGCAUGGCCGCCCUGCUGCUCUUCUGCGUGGGCUCCCUCUUCUACCAGCUCAACGGGGGACCCCCGCACUUUCUGCUGGACCUGCGGCACUAUCUGGGAAAUUCCACUUAUUUGGAUGACCACGGACCACCCCCUCAAAAGGUACUUCCUUUCCCCAGCCAGGUGGUCUACAACAGAGUUGGAAAGUGUGGGAGUAGAACUGUGGUUUUGCUUUUGAGAAUUUUAUCAGAGAAACAUGGAUUCAACCUGGUAACAUCUGACAUUCAUAACAAAACAAGACUGACCAAAAACGAACAGAUGGAAUUGAUUAGAAACAUAAGCACUGCUGAGCAGCCCUAUUUAUUCACUAGACAUGUUCAUUUCCUCAACUUCUCAAGGUUUGGAGGAGACCAGCCGGUGUACAUCAAUAUUAUUAGAGAUCCUGUCAAUCGAUUUCUAUCCAAUUAUUUUUUCCGACGUUUCGGAGACUGGAGAGGAGAACAGAAUCAUAUGAUCCGUACCCCCAGCAUGAGGCAGGAGGAAAGAUAUCUGGACAUUAAUGUGUGUAUCCUUGAAAACUACCCUGAAUGUUCCAAUCCCAGGUUAUUUUAUAUCAUACCCUAUUUCUGUGGGCAGCAUCCAAGAUGCAGGGAACCUGGUGAAUGGGCCCUUGAAAGAGCAAAGCUGAACGUUAAUGAAAACUUCCUGCUUGUGGGGAUUCUGGAGGAGUUGGAGGAUGUGCUGCUUUUAUUAGAAAGAUUCUUACCUCAUUAUUUCAAGGAUGUUCUUAGCAUCUACAAAAACCCAGAACAUAGGAAACUUGGCAAUCUGACUGUGACAGUGAAAAAGACCGUCCCCUCUCCAGAAGCAAUACAGAUUCUCUACCAACGUAUGAGAUACGAAUAUGAGUUUUAUUACUAUGUCAAAGAACAGUUCCACCUCCUAAAGCGCAAGUUUGGACUGAAGUCUCAUACCAGGAAACCACGUCCCAGACCUGAGUUCUUCAUUCCUUCUCCCCUGGAAACAGAGGAACCGAUAGACGAUGAGGAAGAAGAUGACGAAAAGUGGCUAGAGGAUAUCUAUAAAAGUGGAGGUAAAGAAGUGCUGUUAUCCCCAUUUCAUACGUUGGGAAUGGAUACAGCCAGUGGGUAA